AUGACUGGAUUUCGUCAUCUCCUUCAAUCUUUCGAGCCACGAUACGACCCUCCGUCCAGAAAAACAAUAACUUAUAAAUAUUUGCCACAGUUGUUUGAAGGAGAGAAGAUGAAGAUAAUGCAUUGUCUCUCAGAUGUCAAGAGUUUUUCUCUUACAACUGACAUUUGGACAUCUAGGGCUAAUCAUGCCUAUACUGGUGUGACAAUCCACUUCAUUGAUAACGAUUUCAAGUUACAUCACUUUUUGUUGGAAACGAAGGAGUUUCCUGAAUCUCAUACUUCAUUGAAUAUAGCAAAUGAACUAACAAGUAUUCUCAAGGAAUGGAACCUAGGUGCAGAGAAUGUAGCAGCGAUAACAACAGAUAAUGGGAGAAACAUUACUGGAGCCAUACGAGAUCUUGACUGGAUAAAUAUUCCCUGUUUUUCCCACACUCUACAAUUAGGUGUUCAAAAGGUACUGAAGUUACCACAAGUAGCAAAAGCGGUUGCUCGCUGUAAAAAAAUAGCAACUCACUUCCACCACUCAAGUAAAUCAUCAUAUAUUUUAAAAGAAAAGCAGCGAAGCUUGAAGUGUAAAGAGCACUCCAUAGUGCAGGACGUGGCAACCUGCUGGAAUUCUUUGUAUUAUAUGGUUUCUCGUAUUAUUGAGCAGCAGCAACCGAUCUGUACUAUACUGUUGGAGAUACAGAAGCUGGACCUCAUGCCAACUGAUCAUGAGUUUAAGACAAUGGAAGAAUUCGUUUCAUUGAUGAAAUCAUUGGUUGAUGUAACUGAGGCUAUUGGAGCAGAAAAAUGGAUCACAAUAUCAACAUUGAGACCAAUAAUGCACAAGCUGUUAAACAUACAUUUUGUCCAUGAUGAAAACGAUAGCCAGCUAACCAAAUCUAUGAAAAAAGUUCUCUCCAAAGACCUGUGUGAACGAUAUACAAAUGACAAGCUGAAGUUGCUCACAAAAGCUUGCUUUCUUGAUCCUCGUUUUAGAAAUUUAAAGUUCCUGUCAGAAUCUAGUCGAACAUAA